AUGGGCAACAAAAUAUCCGCUGUUAGUGGUGUCAAGUCUCCAAACUUCUACGAGCCCGGAAACGCAGUCAACGAGAUCUGGGUCGGCAACCUCGAGAUAAUCUCCCGGCUCCCGUUUGGAGACUCAGACAUGGCACAGGCUGGCUGGCCAAAGAACGACUAUCCGAAAUUCCCCUGGCGGCCGUUUGUUAUACCCCUCUUCGCCAUGUUUACCAAGGGGGCUGCUGCAGAGCCCUCUGAUGGCACUGCAGCACAUCUAUACCGACGCUCUACACCAUACGAGACGAUAACGACAUCGACGAUGAGGGUUCCGACUUAUCUCAUCUCGGGCUUUGUCGUCAUGUAUGCUGUCCUUACGAUUCUGUUUGCUUGCACACCCAUGAUUGAAUACCUGCUCGAAACUGUUUACCUCAAAUGUCGGCGCAGUGCAAGAGAUUUGCUGAAAAGAAGCGUUGAAUGUUUACACGAGAUCAAUCUUCUGGGCAUAUACAGCAAGCCUUAUCUUAUAUACAGCUACGUUUACUACGGAGGUAAAUGCCCAACUGCGAAGAUACAUCCCCUGGGUUUGCUCUGUGUGCCGGUUAAAGAUACCUUCUACCUCGCCAUGGUCCAGCUAUUCAGUACGAUAUUCGCAGCGGUGACAUGCUAUGGUGACAUAUACCGGUACUGUAAAGAGCCCCGAUCCAAACAGGCCGAUGAGAUGACGCUCUGGCAGGAAAAGAGCACAGAGAUAGGCGAAGGGAAUCUGGAUAGCGGAAAGGAGAAAUCUCGACCCGGGGAAUUUGCGUCAUGGGUUUUUAUCGUCAACCUCUGUGCGAUUAUUGAAGCUGUAACCACAGUGCUCCUUCUGAUUAAUCUGUCCAAGGACUAG